AACACAAAAGCACAACAGAGACAGAGAGACAGCAAACAUGUGUUGCCGUCUAUUGUCCGCCAAAUAAUCGACGAAAACGUGAUUUCGAUCACAAUAUCAUUGCAUUUAUCGUUCAAUUGAAGCCAUAAUUAGCGGCCGAAGAGUUAGCCCUCAGGAGUGAUGGACGACGAGGCGGACACCUAUAAGCUGUGGCGCAUCCGCAAGACCAUUAUGCAGUUGUGUCACGACAGGGGAUAUCUCGUGACUCAGGAGGAAUUGGACCAAACGUUGGAUCAAUUCAAGGAGACGUAUGGAGACAAACCCAGCGAAAGACAUCCGGCGAGAAGUGAUCUCAUAGUACUGGUGGCACACAAUGACGACCCCACAGAUCAGAUGUUUGUCUUCUUUCCGGAUGAGCCGAAGAUUGGCAUAAAGACAGUGAAGAACUAUUGCCAACGAAUGCAAGAGGAAAACAUUAGUAGAGCUUGUAUUGUAGUUCAGGUGGGAAUGACUCCAUCGGCCAAACAGGCGCUCACAGAUAUGGCCCCGAAGUAUAUUCUCGAACAGUUUCUCGAAUCGGAACUACUCAUCAAUAUUACCGAACACGAGUUAGUUCCCGAACACGUGGUGCUGACGCCCGAAGAGAAGGCGGAACUGUUGGCCAGAUAUAAGCUGAAAGAGAAUCAAUUGAUGCGAAUCCAAGCGAGUGAUCCGGUGGCCCGUUAUUUUGGCCUCAAGAGAGGACAAGUGGUCAAAAUUAUCAGACCCUCCGAAACAGCCGGAAGAUAUAUAUCAUACCGAUUAGUGGUCUGAGUGUUGGCUAUGAUAUGACUGUGCUUUAGGUUUGUAUUAAACAUAAGAUAAUGUAAUAAUAAUAAUAAUAAUACUGUAAUAAUGAAAACUGAAAUUAAUAUUAUAUACGGAUUGUAUGUUCUGUUGGUUUGGUUCUCAUUAACUGUAGGGCUAACUCGUCUCGCAGGCAAACAUCUGCCCCAAAGCACAGCCAUAUCAGUGCUCUCUCGCAGGAAGUUUAGGGUCAUCUCAUCGUUAUAUCUCAUCGUUUUCUAUAUUUACCAUUAUUUUCAAAACCAUUCCUUAACUCUCUUUAGACUGAGGCCUAAGCCCUUAGGCUUUUUCAUUAUGAGCUCUCAUUUAACUUAAAUAUAUAUUUUAUGAAAGAAUAAAAAUGAAAAAAAUAUUAA